AUGCUAACGCUGGCAAGCAAGUUGAAGCAGGGUGAAGAUCUCAAAGGAUCCCAGACAUCAGUGUCCACAUCUGACUCUACUCGGAGGUUUUCCGUGAGAGGUAAGUUGCUUGUUACAGAGGUUGCAGAACUUGAAGCUAAUUUACCUUGUACCUAUAAAGUACAUUUUCCUGAUCCAAACAAGCUUCAUUGCUUUCAUCUGACUGUAAGCCCAGAUGAGGGUUACUACCAGGGUGGAAAAUUUCAGUUUGAAAUUGAAGUUCCUGAUGCCUACAAUAUGGUGCCUCCCAAGGUGAAAUGCUUGACUAAAAUCUGGCACCCCAACAUCACAGAAACAGGCGAAAUAUGUCUAAGUUUACUAAGAGAACAUUCCCCUGAUGGCACUGGCUGGGCCCCCACUCGAACAUUAAAGGAUGUCGUUUGGGGAUUAAACUCUUUAUUUACCCAACAUUUGCGGGACAAAGUGGCUGAGUACAUCAAACGCUAUGCCAGAUGA